AGCGCCGGCCGUGGGCGGAAGGGCGGGGGCCGUGGGCGGAAGGACGGGCGGGUCCCACGAGGGGAAGGGAGAGCUCCACGCCCUUCUUCACCGUCGCUCUGGGCCCCACCUUCGCCCCGUGGCCCUCGUGCUGAGGUAGAGCCGAGCCAGGAGCUGGGCCUCCGGUGGCCGUGCCACUCGCUUGACCUCUGCCCAGUGGCUCGCCCUCCUGCGUCUGCCUUCUCUGAAGCGGGCACGAUGGCACGUGCCGCACGCCACGGUGGAAAUUCAAGGAGGCGAGCGGUGUGCAGUGCUUAGCGCGUUAAGCCCUCCGCCCUCCGCCAGGGCUGUUUUAUGACUGGCCAAGACGCAGCACUUCCCAGGCCACCCUGGGGGACAGCGGAUGCGUGCAGAGAACGCUCUUUCUCUGGAACAAAGCUGCCAGUCUGAUCUGUUUUCACCAGGGACGUGGAGAUAAGGAUGUGAUGACUGAGCAGAGGCCGAGGCCCUGUGUGCCACGGGUCAGCUCCUUAUCCAAGGAGACACACUGCUUGGGUGCAAAUCCCAGCCCUGGUGCAGACUGCUGUUCCGCGGCCCCCCUGACCUGGCCCCGCUGCAGCCUCUGUGUCCGGGCCCCUGGUGGUGUCGUCACAGCCGCCUCCCGGGCUGCUGCAAAACACACGGAAGCAGGCUGCACCCACCCCAGGGACGACGUACAUGUCCCUUGUUACGGCGAUCACCAUCGCGAGGGGUCGUUCUCAGGGGGGCGUGUUGAGGCCCCACAGCGUGCUCCCCACAGGCACCGCCCGCCCUCCAGGAGCUCAGCACCCAGAGAGGACUGGACUUCUCCUUACCCUGCUCCACAGUCAUUAUCUGGCAGUUCUUGCUAAAUCAGAUGAGAAAGUGAGGAGCAAGCGGAACCGUUGGCCGACCGCUUCGCCCCACGUCGCCCUAGUCCCCUUAAGUGUACGCGUUGGGGCUUCUGCCAGCUCCCGGGGAGAACUUCCUGCUCUGGACCCGGCAGCGGAUCUCAUCCUCCGGGGAGGCUGGGACCGCUGCCGGUGGAGGUGCCAGGAACAGGCAUUGGGCGGCCCGGUGCCUCCGCCCACGGCAGGGACGUACUCGGCGAUGGACGGUCGUCAGUAUCGAUGGAGCACUGCGCACAGCAGGCUGGGGUCUCUCCGCUGGGCCCCUUGGUCCCCUGCCACAUACACGCCCACUAUCUGUCUGUCUGGGGGUUGCCAACACCGUCCCCAACAAUGCCACCCCUCUCCAGCCUUGUCCCGUUUCCUAGGUGGACGCCCCGUUUUGUCAAGUUCCUCGCGCCGGAGGCGGAGGUGCCGAUCCGGUUUGCCGUGUCCGCACGAGCUCCCUCGGUCUGAAGCUGUGACGCGUGCUCCACACACUGGCAGGUCCCACAGUAAACGGCUUCUUGAGAGGAAGUUCUGCUUUCUUGGCAAGGAAGAGCAUCCGUAGCUCCCAUCUGGCGCCCAGGGACGUGCCGCCCCCAGAACGCUUGCGCGCCGGCAGCUUGCGGGGCCGGGAACAGCUUCUUCCAGCGCGGCGUUCGAGCCAGGCAGCGCCAGCCGCCUGAAGCAGUUGGUGGAUCAUUUGCGAGUGGGGGCUGUGUUUGGGUGACGGCUUGUCACGUGAUGGACACAACAGUUUGCGAGUUCUGCUCUUGCUUUAUUUUCUCAAACUGAGAUCCCCGAGACGUCUCCAGGUGUUCUAUGUAGUUACAAUCCAUCCAUCUUCAUUGCUGUAUAGUAUUCCACUGCAGACCCACACCUCCCUUCAUUUUCUCCCUUCUGCUGUCGCUGGGCAUUUGGGCUGUUCCAGUCUGCAGCAUAAAUCCCUCUUCCUGUCUACAGGUGCACAAUUAUGAAGCGUUGUCACUAGAUCUCUAGAGCUAACUUGGCAGGUGGGGGGUAUGUGAUCUUCAGCCUUACUAAAUAAAAAGUCACCUUGUUUUCUGAGA